AUGCCACUUGAUGGUCAUUCGUAUCUCGUCGCUCAAGGAUGGUCUGGAAAAGGCUCUGGUUUGAGACAAGGCUCAAUUUCUCGACCUUUGGCGAUUCCGCAGAAGAAAACGCUUUCUGGUCUCGGGAAGGACAGAGACGAGGCAUUCCCGUUCUGGGAUCACCUCUUCACUGUAGCAGCGAAUACAAUACAAGUCAAGGUCCAUAAAGAUGAAGACGACUCCAGUGACUCCGAACCUUCCACAUCUACCCCUGCUCUACCUACUUUAUCACGCACAAGCACAGGAAUUCUAUCAAAUAAGCGACCGGUUUCUGGUACUCCAGCGUCCUCCUCUGGCUCGUCAACUCCAUGUGCGGAAGCAUCCUCAUCCACAAACAUUCCGUCUAUGAGUCUUAUGGCACGAGCAAAACGAGAGGCAGCAAGGAGAAACCUUUACUCUCGAUUCUUCCGUGGACCAGUUUUAGGCCCGGAUUCUAAUUUCACGGUGGAAGAGAUUAAUGAAGUCAAAUCGACAUUAAUUGCACCUGUUACUCUGGAAGCAAGCUCUAUUGAUGAAGUAACUCAGCCUACUUGCGAAGAUAUUAUGGCAGAUGGACAAGGACAAAGUUUUGAGAGACAGGAGAAGAAGAGAAAGAAUUUGGAGAAAGAAGAGAAGAAGGCGAAGAAGAGAGAUACAGAGGGGACGGAGAUGAGGGAGAAGGAUAAGAAUGUUAACGAAAAGGCGAAGUUAAAGACAAAACGAAAGGAUAAGGGCAAAGAGAAGGAACUUCAACCAACAACGCCUAGCGGCACAAGGCAUUCAAAGGAGCGAAAACGAAAGCGAACUGGCAUUGUUACAGAGACUGAAGAUAUUCAGGCAGACGAUCGCAAGCCGAAGAAGAAACGAAAAGGAGAUGUUGACCAGGAGGUUGAGCUGGGGACUGGUACUUCUGUGGACGCUAGUAGGAAGGAGGACCGGAAGCGAAACAAGGAAACGAAGAAACGCGAAUCACUUGUCGAAGAGGAUGUACUUGCGGAGGGCACCGCAGAACACAAAUCGGGCGCAGACGCAAAAGCGGAGAAACGACGGAGAAAGGCAGAGAAGGUAGAGAAGCGGAGACGAAAAGGUGUAGAGGCUGUGUCAAGUCAAAGUGUGGAAGUAGAAUUGCCAUAG